GCGGCGGAAAAAUAAUUAUUUUUAGAAGUUGAAGUGAUGACUUGCACCUGUUGAAUUCUCGACCUUUCUGAAGAAAACCUAGAAAUUAUUGAAUGUUCUAACACAACUAGAUAUGUAACAAAACCAUGACAGAGGUGAAGACAGGUAUUUUAUCAGUUCAAAGUAUAUCUGGUAAACAGAAAUCUCGACCAAUCAGAUUACAGCUUUCAUCUGAUCAUCUAACAUUACAGCAAGAGGAAUGGGUGACUGCUGCACUACAAGAAGAGGAUGAAGCUUUUCUUAACAUGGUACGAGAUGUGACUAUACAUCGUAUAGAUGGAGCAGGACUUGGUUUAUGUGUUAAAGGUGGAUCAGAACAUCAUCUACCUGUUUUAAUAUCUCGUAUUAUAAAAGGACAGGCAGCUGAUUUGACGGGUAAAUUAGUUGUAGGAGACUCUAUCUUGAAAGUAAAUGAUGUUGAUGUUGAGACAACUACACAUGAUAAUGUUGUUCAGAUGUUAAAAGAUGCAGGGGAGACAAUUAAACUAACUGUUAAACAUUUUAAACCAGCCUCACAUUUUCUUAACAAAGGGAAUAAUUUAAGAAAAGACUCAACCGAAGAGGAGAGACAGUUGCGUAUACCCGGUUUACCUAGAAUAGAGAAAACUUGGACUGAUGUUGUCUGUGUACCAUUAUUAUAUGGUCGAGUUUCAAGAUAUUUUCCUGGUACAGAUAAAUUAAGAAGUAAUAGUUUUGAGGUAUUUGGCGUUGAUGGAUCGAGUUCUGGUCCAGUUUAUUGUGAAGAUAAUCGUAUGAUGGCUGAAUGGAUUCAAUCUGUUACGUCUAACAUCAACAGUCUUCUCUCACAGAUGAUACAGAUGACUAACAGAUUACUGGUACCUGAAGAACAGAUAUUUCUAAUGAUGUGGGCAUCAGAAAAAAUGUCAGCUGAUCGUCACUGUCAGGCGUGGAAACCCAAAUUUCUAUCCUUAAAAUCUGCUGAUGUUUUAUUGUUUGAUGUACCUCCUAUGCAUGCAAGAGAUUGGGUUACUUGUGAGAUGAAAUAUAAAGUUUAUGAAUGUAUGUUUAAGUUUUUAGAGGAUAGUGAAUUACCUGAUGAUCGUCAGUAUUGUUGUAGAAUACAAACAGGUUGUGGUGAUGAUAUUAUACUUAGUACAGAAUGUAGAUCAGAAUUAUUACAACUAGAAAAAGCCUGGCAUAGAACUAAUACACUAGCUGUUAAACGUCUUGUUAGUAAAACAUUUGGUUGUACAUGGCGUGGUGCUUUAUCUGGUCUCACCAUAGAUUUAAAUUAUGGCUUUUCUCUUUAUGAUCAUCAGACAAAGAGUUUCAUGUGGACGUACAAAUUUUCUCAACUAAAAUCUUCAUCAGAUGAUGGUAAUAAAAAACUGGUUUUAACUUUUAAUAGCGAAACCUGUAAAGAAACUGAAACCAGGGAAAUCGAAUGUACAGAUCUACGAACCAUGAUGUAUUGUAUUCAUGCCUUCCUUUCAGCUAAACUAGCUUCCAUUGAUCCUACUCUCUUAGCUAACUUCUGAUUGGAUAAUAUGUUGUGUCAAAGUGAGUCAAAUCAUCAGUAUUACAUAUAGUCAUUGGUUGGUAUAUGUCCAAUCAAAAGUGUACAUCUAAGUCUGCGUUUCUCAUUUACCCUAAAGCUGCUGAUCUUACGAACUACAAUAUUGCACAAAUGGAGUCACUAACAUAAAUAUCGGUCCAAGAUGGUUCAAUCUGAUUAAAAUACAGAUCUAUAUUUCGUUUCGUUUUUUUUAUACUUUUGAUGGCCUACACUACAUGAAGAUCUGACCAGUUGUACUGGGAGGUCGUGUCAGGGGUCAUAUGAGCGGUUUUUGACCCUAUGAUGUCAGACAUUGAUUAAUCAAUCAGCGUUAACGUUUCUAGGGGUUUACCCACAGUUCUGUGCAGAACUUGCCGUAACAGACCGUUUCCUUGGCUAAUUCCUCACAUCAACUAGAGAACACCUGUUAUAUAACAACUCUUCCAGAAAUAGGAUCUGUGUUUUAAUCAGAUUGAAAAUGGUUCAGAGGCAGAGAAAAUUGUCAAAAAACGCACACAGGUGACAAGGGAAAUUUUUAUUGAAUGUCAGCUUCAUCUGGCCUAUAAUACAUUAAAAAGAUACGUUUUAUAAAUCCGAAAAAAUGUUAAUAGUGUAUAAAAUAUAAUUGAAUAUAAGAAUUUCUAUUUGUAAAACUUAGUAGAAUUAGACCAAAAAAUAGUUUGAUCCCAGAAAAUAUUGUCAGCCCUUACAACCUAAAUACAAAUGGUCAUUUAAAGUGUAUUUCUGCAUGUAAAUUAUUAUAA